GCGUCGAAUUCCAGCCAUGGAGACCUGAGUGCAGAAUGCCGGGACAAUUUCACGAGCUCCUUCAGCAACUCCUGGCCCAACAUGACGAAGAAGUACGGCUGCUCAAAGAUCAGAAUGCAGCUUUGCAAGAACAAAUCAUCUCCUUGAGCGUUGCGGAGGACGGACCAUCGUUGAAAGGCAGAAACUCGCAUCAUAAGGGGAGUGAGAGAGUGAGCAGGGUGUCUAUCGCCAGCAAGGAGUUUCUUCCAAACGAGGAAGAGACUUAUGAGGUCUUAGAGAUGGAAGACGAAGUAGAGUCCAUCUGUGCGAUCUCAGAGAAGCCCGAAAUCGACGAGCAACUUCAAGUUGACCACCAAGCAAGCACACGCAGUGCGCGCAGUCGCGGUUCAAAGGAAAGUAAUCGGAAUAUUGCUUUCGUUCGGACCACUGUCUAUGGGAUUGGUCAAGUAGCUGCACCUGCCUUGCGAGGUCGUCCAGACGAUGAACCUACCAAGUGCACUGUCACAGUCACCUGCGGGGAUUUCAGUGGGGAGACAAAGCCAGCGAUGCUACAGCAGGAAGUGCUUGACCUACCAUUGCAAAUCAGCGAUGACUGGCCUUGGAAAGCGGAGUGGGGAGAAACUGGCGCUGAUGUGCUUCUUUGUAUCCCAGCUUCAAUGCUGGAAGAAUAUCUUGAAGUGGACAUCGACUCGGACGUAGGCACACUUGCCUCAGGCCGAGUGAAAACAAAUUCACUCCGACAGCAAUGGACAUUGGAAGGCGGUGGCUUCAUGGAAGCUGAAGUGAAAGUGGAGAAGGUGAACCGAGCAACCGAAAAAUUCAGGAGUCGUCGAGCAAGUACGACCACCAGGUUUAGAAUCAUUGAGAGGCUUGAGAAGCUCUUCAAUGUCAAAGAUCCAAAGGUCAAAGUUGUGAUGGGUCGUGACUUGUCCAGCGCAAUGCAGAAGGCUUCAUCAACAGGGAAGUCCACCAGAACAUCAACGAGGCAGACAACUAGAUUUGAAAUCACACUCGGCCCGGAAGAGCUGGAUGAGGUCGUUCUCGAACUGAAGAGGAUCUAUGAGAAAGUCUUCAACAAAGGCAGCAAGAAAGGCCAUAUGCAGCCUGUUCUGGCCUGGAAUGACUUCGUGGAAUUGAUGCUGCUUUCAGACCUUCCAAAGCUCACAGAUGGACCCCUGGUCUUGAACCUUUUCAUCGUCCAACGAGAACUCUUGGGAGAGGAGAUGCCUGCCACAGGCACCUCCACUGCCUUGCUGAUGGCGUACGAGAAAAAGCGAAAGCCGGUCUCCACGUCCCAAAGAUGGGUGGAUCUUGUGACAGCUGUCUCGACUGCAGCCAUUAUCCUGAGCUUCAUUUUCAUGGGUGUGGCUUUGGACACCAACCCUGAUUGGGUUGGCUGGCUCGUAGUGGAUACGAUUGUUGCACUGGUGUUUGUCGCAGAGGUAUUUAUCAAGUCUUAUGUUAUUACACCGUCUGUGUAUUUCCUGGGACGGGAUUGUCUUUGGAACUGCUUUGAUGUUGCCCUUUCGUUGGUCGCAGUGGUAGAGAUUUUGAUAAAUUUGAUUUUCACAAGUGCGGGAGCACAGGCGAAGGGGGCGCUAGUCUUGCGGGGUUUGCGAUUAGCUCGAAUGGCUCGGCUGGCCAAACUCAUUCGGAUGCCGCUGCUAGCAGAGUUGGCGAAUUUGAUCUCCGGUUUCGUCUUGAGCGUUCGAUCACUCUUUUGGGUGAUGAUCUUCCUCGCUCUCAUCGUAUAUGUCGUUGCACUUGGGUUCAGGGCAGCAAUCCAGACCGCCACCUUUAAUGAGUGCGACUAUAGCUCUCAUUAUGGCGAUCACUUUGGUUUGGACGAGCUGCUUCCGUCUGGCUGCAAACUGCACUAUAUGUAUGGACAUGAGUUCUGUGGCUCCGUUUUUGGCUGCAUGUUCUCCAUCUUUCGCUGCAUGAUCAGUGAGUGCACUACGAAAGGUGGCCGGUCCCUCACAAUGAUCUUCAGCGAUGGUAUCGGCGUGGAAUUUGACUUGUUUUAUUCUUGCUCCAUGGUCGUUGUGAUUUUUGGGCUCUUCAAUAUUAUCACGGCGAUUUUUGUUGAGGCCACGUUGAAUGGCUUGAGGGAGAAUGAGCUUCAGCGAAGAUAUGCGAAAGCCUACGAAUCGAGUUACAUGACAGAACAGCUUGCCAAGCUUGUCAUGACGGUAUCUACCCAAGUGGAAAAGCUGCGAAGCAGGACCGCUGUGCCACUUCUCUCAGCCUUGAGGAAUUCAAAUGCUCUCGCAGAUGGUGAGAUCUAUUUGAGUGAAGAGGAGUUCAAUCAGCUUGUGAGGCAUCCAGAUGUAAGGGUAAUUCUGAAUGAUUUGGACGUGAGCGUCGAGCCAAGAUCAGGAAUUUUCGAAGCCUUCAACACGGCAUCUUGGCAAGGCUUGUGCUGAUCCCGCCGAUUCGGCCUGUGACCAAGGAAGAAGAUGGAACGGUCUCUCUCUCCGAACUUGUGCAUGGGCCUUUUCUUGCCAUUCUGGAAAGACCACUCACUUUAGACACGUUUCUGCUAAUUUUGUUCAGGUCUGGUUUGAUGAGACUUCGUGGUGAACUUCACAAAGUCGACAUGGUCAUAGCACAGAUGAGCCUGGACCAAAUAUUGAAACAAUUCACAGGCCUGAGACAGAAGCAGGAAGCAAGCUCAAGCAAGAGGCGCAGUUUGAAAGCUCCCUCGACAUGAUGAUUUUUUGGAAGACGGGAUUGGAUUUUGACUAACGCCAAUCCAAUCACUGCUUUCAGUGUGUUCAUUUGGCUCGCACAGCUCGUUUCACAUCCAAGACAAUCACCAAUGCACCGCAUUUGGGGCAUGAGGGAAUUCCCUCGAAGCUUUGCUAUUUGAUCUUUCUAAUGGAAAGGUCGUCGUGCGAAUCAUGAGUUUGGUCGCAGAAAUUCUGUUGCGUAAAGGAGUCGUCAAAUUACGAAAGCUGAGUU